CCAGACAGAGCACCAAAGCAUGGAUGCUUUUACCCAGAUUCUGGUGUGGGCUUGCAAAGACUGUAAUUUGCAAUUUCCACUUACUGAUAUCCAGGCUGGGGGUGGCAUCCAAUGUGAAAGGUGCCUACUGGUGGAAUCUCUCAGGCAGCAGGUGGGAGAGCUACAGGAGGAGGUGGCCAGGCUGAGGAACAUCCAUGUCCAUGAGCAAUUCCUGGACAGUAUCCAUGUGGAGACAGCUGACGGUCCUGUCCCAGUUGACAGGACUACUGACACUCCAGUGGAGGAGGAGAUGCCUCAAGGUGUAUCUGACACACCAGUGGAGGAGGAGGCUCAGGGUGGACACAGCCAGCUGGUUACUUCUAGCAGCAGGCAGUGCUCCACCACUGCUGCGAACCCUCCUGUUGUGGUAAAAGAUAACCAUUAUGCUCUUCUUGAUACAGGAGAGAAGAAAUCACCCCCAGCAGUUAAGGGGGUGAAGCCUCGUACCCCUAAGGCUGGGAGGUCUGCUGCCACCACUGAUAAGAAACGUAGGGUAGUGGUGGUUGGAGACUCUCUGCUGAGGGGGACGGAGACACCCAUCUGUCGCCCUGACCGUUCAUCCCCGGAGGUAGGGGUCCAGGCAGAGACAGAUGCAUCGUGGAGGUGAAUGCCUGGCUGCGAAGAUGGUGUCGCCAGGAGGGCUUUGGCUUCCUCAACCACGGGAUGCUAUUUGAGGAAGGACUGCUAGGAACAGAUGGCAUUCACCUUUCGAAGAGGGGAAAGGCCUUAUUUGUGCACAGACUGGCUAACCUAGUAAGGAGGGCUUUAAACUAGGUUCGACAGGGACAGGUGAGCAAAGCCCACAGGUAAGUGGGGAACAAGACCUGGGAGAUGGGUUGGAAACAGGAGGGAGCAUGGGCUAUAAUGGCAGAGAGGAAGGAGGGUCAGGGCAAAGCUGGGAGGCAAGAUCAAACCAGUAUCUUAGAUGCCUUUAUACAAAUGCAAGAAGUAUGGGUAAUAAGCAGGAAGAACUGGAAGUGCUAAUAAAUAAAUACAACUAUGACAUUAUUGGCAUUACUGAAACUUGGUGGGAUAAUACACAUGACUGGAAUGUUGGUGUGGAUGGGUAUAGUUUGCUCAGGAAGGAUAGACAGGGGAAAAAGGGAGGAGGUGUUGCCUUAUAUAUUAAAAAUGUACACACUUGGACUGAGGUGGAGAUGGACAUAGGAGACGGAAGGGUGGAGAGUCUCUGGGUUAGGCUAAAAUGGUUAAAAAACACAGGUGAUGUCGUGCUGGGAGUCUACUACAGGCCACCUAAUCAGGCGGAAGAGGUGGAUGAGGCUUUUUUCAAACAACUAACAAAAUCAUCCAAAGCCCAAGAUUUGGUGGUGAUGGGGGACUUCAACUAUCCAGAUAUAUGUUGGGAAAAUAACACUGCGGGGCACAGACUAUCCAAUAAGUUCCUGGACUGCAUUGCGGACAACUUUUUAUUUCAGAAAGUUGAAAAAGCUACUAGGGGGGAAGCUGUUCUAGACUUGAUUUUAACCAAUAGGGAGGAACUUGUUGAGAAUUUGAAAGUAGAAGGAAGCUUGGGUGAAAGUGAUCAUGAAAUCAUAGAAUUUGCAAUUCUAAGGAAGGGUAGAAGGGAGUACAGCAGAAUAGAGACAAUGGAUUU